CUCUUCCUAAGAUGGGAGCAAUGUGAUUUUGGUUCAAUAAUCAAGAUACACGGGACACGGAUCUGCUGGGGAAAAUAUUCUGCAGCAUGACACAGGAAUGGCUUUUGUAGAAGACGACUAUGGACUAUUUGAUGGCUACGAUAGCCUGGAGGACCGAUGCAGCAGCAGUGAUGGGAACUUCACCACCGGGGAAUCGAGUGACGAGCGCAUGGAAGAAGAGGAGCGGAGCCAGCACAAAGAUCUGGAGUCCGAGUCGAUAUCUGGAAUGACAAACGAUGACGAUGAGUUGUCCAUCAAUGGAAAAUUUGGAAUGGCUACCUGCGAGAUGUGCGGCAUUAAAGGCGAGCGGGAAGACUUCUUUUCCAAGACUAAAAGGUUCUGCAGUGUCUCUUGUUCUCGGAGCUACUCUUCCAACUCGAAGAAAGCCAGCAUCCUGGCCCGGUUACAGGGAAAGCCACCAACGAAGAAGGCAAAGGUGUUGAACAAAGCUUCCUGGGCAGCAAAACUGGGGGCCUUUCUGCAACGUCAUUCUGCUGGUCCAGCAGCAAACAGCUCUCAGAGUGGCAGCUCUGGUGCUAACCGAGGAUUUGAAUGGGGGAAGUAUAUUGAAGAGCAGAACUACAAAGCUGCCCCUGUUAGCUGCUUCAAACAUGUUCCACUAUAUGACCAGUGGGAAGAUAUUACAGAAGGCAUGAAAGUAGAAAUAUUAAAUCAUAACUGUAAUCUUCCUAUCAAAGUCUACUGGAUAGCAACUGUUAUCAAAUUAGCAGGUUACAAGGCAUUACUGAGAUACGAAGGAUUUGAAAAUAACUCACGGCAAGACUUUUGGUAUAAUCUUGGGAGUCUUGGGAGUGCAGAUGUCCAUCCUAUUGGCUGGUGCGCAACACUGGACAAACCUCUCGUACCACCUCAGGCUGUGCAAAACAAAACCACAGACUGGAAAGCCUAUCUUUUAAAGAAACUGAUUGGUUCUAGGACCCUACCAGCUGACUUUCAUUUUAAGAUGGUGGAGUGCAUGAAGUACCCGUUCCGACCAGGAAUGCGGCUGGAGGUUGUCGAUAAGACGGAAAUUUCACGCACAAGGAAAGCGAUUGUGGAUCGAGUGGUAGGUGGACGUCUGCGGCUGCUGUAUAUAGAUUGUGAGGAGGACGACGAUUUCUGGUGCCACAUGUGGAGUCCUCUCAUUCAUCCGGUGGGAUGGUCCAGGAGAGUGGGUCACAACGUGAAAUACACAGAAGAAUCUCUUAACGGAGAGAUGAACGUCUCAGCAAUCAGGAAAUUCUACUGUGAUGCUGUAUACCACAUCUUCAAAAAGGUGCGAGCAGUUUACUCACACGAUAGUUGGUUUAAAGAAGGGAUGAAACUAGAGGCUAUUGAUCCACUGAAUUUAUCCACUAUUUGUGUUGCUACUGUUCGAAAGGUGCUAUUAGAUGGUUACCUGAUGAUUGGAAUUGAUGGCACUGAGGCUCCUGAUGGAUCAGACUGGUUCUGUUACCAUGCAUGUUCGUAUUCCAUCUUUCCUGUGGGAUUCUGCAAGAAGAAUGACAUUGCAUUACUGACUCCGCAAGGUUAUGAGAAAAAUUUUGACUGGGAAACAUAUUUAAUAGAGACUGGCUCUGUGGCAGCCCCUGCAAAUCUCUUCAUUCGGGACAUUCCGUAUCAUGGUUUUGAGCCUGGAAUGAAACUGGAGGCUGUUGAUCUGAUGGAGCCUCGCUUAAUCUGUGUGGCCACCAUCACGCGAGUGGUGAACCGUUUAUUGAGGAUCCACUUCGAUGGGUGGGAUGACGAGUAUGAUCAGUGGGUAGACUGCGAAUCACCUGAUGUGUAUCCAGUAGGCUGGUGUGAGCUGACUGGUUACCAGCUCCAAGCACCUGUAGCACCAGCUCCUGAACAACCGGUGGGUAAGUGGAAAGAAACCAACAAGCCAAAGAAGAAGACUUACAGGAAAAAAAGGAAGAAGGUGCUGCUGAUGAACCGUGGAAUGAAGGGCAAAUCAAGAGCAUUAUCCAAAAUAAAAGCAAAGGAAGAGCCAGUUGACGAUAAAAUCAUCGAAGUGCAAGUGAAAGAAGAAACCAUUGAGUUUCCAGCAUCAUUGGAUCCCGCCAGCAUGCCGCUCCCCCCUGAAAACCUCAAGCAGGAGCCAGAUGACUGACCCACUCUUGACUCAGCGCUGGUGUGAAUUGGCCACCUCUGCACCCUGUAAGUUUCUUCAAUUUAGCGACUGCUGUUGGAGAGCAAAUGCAGCGGUCACGGGCCCCAGCCUUGGAAGCUGAGUUCGGUGAAGCAGGCUGGUUUAAACUGGCUAGGACUGGAAUCCUCCUCUAAGUAUGUACUGGGGCUCUUGUGAUACUAAUUCUGUGCUGUCAAAAAGGCUUAUGAUUUAUUAAUAAGAGUUCUGCUGUAAUAGGCUAGAAAUAUCAUGGCUGAAGUAAUUAUAUGAGAGUGUUUCAGAAGCUGGUCUGAGAGUGCUUUACAAAAAAUAACAUCAGAAUAUUGUACAAUUUCUUUUCAAUUGAUAUUACCACCCAUCAUGUUACAUUUAAACACAUUUCCUAAUUCUGAGGCCCCUUUGCCCUCUAUCACACCCAAGUGGUCAUUCUUUGUAUGCAUGUGUGGAGAGCAGAUAGAUGUGAAUCAUUCAACUACUCACAUAGCUAUAUCAAUCACUGUUUCUGCAUUGCACUGUUGAUGCGAUGCCUCUCUUGUGGUUGGCAGUAGGAUCCAGCUUUUAAUUCCCUUGAGUCCUUUAUUCAGAACCAGUUAAAAACCACCUCUGGUGAUUCCUAUAUUUGUCCUUGCUAAUUUCAGGUCUUUAGUCAAGACAGACAAUGAAACUGGGGGCUCUGUGGUCUGUGUAGUUCAGUACUGUGAAUGUGAGAUCUGGUCAUCUUCCCUUCCAUUUAAAGUUCUCUGUGCUUGACCACAUGGUUGCCAUCACUUACCAGAAGCUUGACCACUUGGUGGCUUGUGAUGUGCAUAACAGCCAUUAGCGGGCUUUUCAGUGGUCCAGUGACCUGAUCUGGAGUUGGGUGGUGGUGGGAUGCAGCUACUCCAGUAUUCUUCUGUGGGAUGAUUCGAGGUAGGGAUAUUUGGCUAACUUGGUCUCCUCCUUGCCUUUCUGGUGGAGACCAUCAUCAGCCUGGGAUUGGUGUGUCCCACAUACCUCAGUUUCUUAUUGUAUAAACUUGCUGAUCUAUGAAUGGGAGAGAAGGGCUAGAAGUUCUUUUUUUUUAAACCUUGGGUGAGUUUUAACCAGAGCAGAAAAGGUCAGUAAGCAAGUAGAGAACUUGAACAAGAAUAUCAAGACAUUGUGCAUGAAACGAACCUGGCGUAGCCCAGAACAAUCUUUAUUUCCUUUCAAAGAGCCACUUAUUGUGAAUGUCUCCGAGGAUCUAAGUACAUAGCUGGGUCUGAUGCUUGAUUGCAACGCUGAGUGGUUCUAGUCAUUCAGGUGAGGCAUACUACUGAAGUUCUAUCAGCCAUCAGUUGCAUGUGAAAGAUCAAAUGGAUCUACUUCAGUGUAGAGUACGAGAAUUCUCUCUGGUCAAAUUUAAUCCCUUGAUCAAAUUUACGUGGCCUUUCUUUACACCGCUGUUUCUGGGAACAAAUUGGCACUUGCACUUCCUACAUUAACACCACUGUACAAGAAGGUGGUUUUCAUCGUCUAUAAAGCUCUUUAGGAGUUCUGAAGGGUGUGCAAUGGAAAUGCAGUUUUUUAUGCAGGGUGGAGGAAGAAAAUUUGUAUGUAUUGAGGGGAAACUCAGUCUUUGAAGUGUGUGGGUUCCAUAUCAUUCCAAAAUGUGGCUUAGAACUUAAGAUAUGUCAUUCAUUGGGUGAUGUACUCUGUUUUUAGCUGGUUUACUGUAUUCCAAAGCUGUGUGACUCAUUAAUUCUUUCAUUCAGUGCAAGGCUGGUACCCAAGCCUGAUGUGAAAUUACUGAUCCUCAAAGAUCUUAAAUUGGGUUAUGUGCCAUUUUUAUAGAGAGAACUGUAAUAUGGGCCAAACACCAUAUUAUGGGAACAAACCAUCAUCUUAAUAAUCUGACAAUUUGAAAUGCUCUUUCCAAGCAUCCAUAGAAUCUCACAUCAGUUUUCUGCACUGACCUGUCCAGUUUUCACCCUAAAUUUCAGUCUUCUCCCCAUUAUAUGUACAUACAAUUGUCUUUGAAUGUUCCAGUGGAACUUGAUUUCCACCAUCUCUUCAGGAGUUGUAUGUCUGAUGAGAAUAAUACUUUGCAAAAUAAUUUCUCUAGUUCUUCCAUUUAUUUUAACAGUAUCUAUUGUCAGCCUGCGAGUUGAAUGAGCCAGCAUAUACUGUAUGAUGGAGCAAAUGGUUUAUAAUACAGCCAACGAAAUCAUUUUAUUCAAAAAGUAAAUGAAAAAUAAAUUACAAAUGCUGGAAGUCUAGGAUUUAAAAACAGGAAAUGCUGGAAACUCAGCACCUGUGGAAAGUGAACUGGUUUGUAUUUCAGAUCCAGGACUUUUAAAGCGGGGGAAGCAAGCAUCGGUUUCAAGACCCUUUGUUUUAACCUGAGAUUUUACUCUGCUCCUCUUUCCACUUUUGCAGACUGAUCUGCUGAAGGCUUCUAACAUUUUCUGGGUUUUUUCCCCGAAAGGCAGCCUCUUUAAAUAGGAGUAAUACCAAACUUCUCCCUACUACUGGGAGAUUCAUUUACCCAGGAAAACAGUGAGUGAAGGAUAGUUGCAUAUAAAUAACGUACAUAAAACAACUUCAGUCACUUAGAGCAAAUCUGAUUCGAGUUUUAAAGUCAGCCCACUGCUAAUCAUCAAUCACCCAUUUACCCCCAUCCACGUACCAGGGUGAUCAACUGAAUAUCUCAGCUCUAUCUGCUGUAGAACCUCUCAGAUGUUGAGCAUUCCCAGCAAUUUGUUUUCAUUUCAGUGUUUCAAAAUUACUUUAUUUCAGGUAAUGAGCCUGCUUCUCCCAGCUACAAAUCGUUUAGGCCAAUCAUUUUUUUUUACACUUGUUCUGUUGUUGCACCCAUCCCUUUCAUCUUGUGCUAAUCAUCCCCUCUCUCAUUAACCAUCCUAUCGCAAGCUUUUACUUUUGUUCCAAGCUCGCUUUUCCCUCCCCCGCCUUCCUCCUGCUGUUUCUCUAACAUUUCCCAGCUCUAGUGAAAAGUCAUCAAUCCGAGUAGUAGUCACUGCUUCUCUCUUCCUUGGUGCUGACUGUUCCUGACUUUCUAGUGUCCUCGCUGCAGCGCCUUCACUUUGGGCACGGCAUCCAGUGAGGUUCUGAGGCGCUGGUCCUCAUUGCAUUUGUAAUUGAAUCAUGCAGCAGUUGGGGGUGCAGAGGUGCAGCUGCUAAAACUGCCGUCUCACAGCUCCAGUGAUUCGGUACACUGAAACCAUUGCCAACCGUAAAGCACCCAUUCACACUAAUCUUACACUUUCUACUCUCCCCCACGUUCCCAUCAGCUCCCUUCCAGAUUUUGCCACUCGCCUACACACCUGUAGCAAUUUACAGCAGCCAAUUAACCAAUCUCCCUCCAUGUCAUUCAGAUAUUGGGGGUUGGGGGGGGGGUGGGAAAUUGGAGCACCAAGAGGAAACCCAUGCAGUCUCAUGGAGAACAUUUAAACUCCACACAGACAGCAUGCAGGGUCAGGAAUGAAUUUGGGCUGUUGAACUAUGAGGUAAUGGCUCUUCUGGCUGAGCCUUUUCUAUUAAAGUAAUUCACUAUGGCAAAAAGGUAACUGCGAACACAAGGUUCAGAACUCUUUUGCUUAGUGAAAUAUUUAUAUUCAUCAUGUCAUUAGUCUAUUUAUUACUGUCCAGGGAUGAAAUUUCAAGUGUUGUGUAAUUUUUGUUUGAGAAGGUACACUUUUGAGGAGUGCUGCUCUCCAAAGACCUUGGCAAAAUAUUUUUUAUUUCAAUUUGGGUAAGGAGUUAGAUUAGAUUAUGAGGACACGCAAUCCUCUUUUAUUGUCAUUUAGUAAUGCAUGCAUUAAGAAAUGAUACAAUAUUCCUCCGCUGCUGUACUGAUGAUGUAUUGCUGCAGGUUUUAUGUCAGUAUACCAUUUUCCAUCCUCCAACAACCAUAUCAUUAGGUAAAGCAAAGUGCUGGAAAUUCUCAGCAGUUCAGGCAGCAUCUGUGGGAAAGAAGUUCUUUCUUUUGUCACAAUUGCUGAAUAUUUCUGGCACUUUGAUUUAUUCUCACCUUUCUCAGAUCUAAGCUAUUUUUGUUUUCAGCCCAUCUUAAUGUCCUGGCAAGGGACUUUGUGCAUGAUUUGAGUUUUCUCACACUGAAACCAAACAAGCUAUAACAAAGCAUCCAAGCAUCUUGGAUGGUUUACAUGAGGGAUGCUUAGAAAUAGUUUUGGUCUAUGGAGUCAGAGUUUAUUUUGAAACACAGUGAAUUAAAAGGUCGAGAGUAGAAGCAAUUGUACGUGCAAUGUAAUGAAAUAAACCAGAACUUAAAUCCUCAACCCCAGAAAAUAGACCAGUCAUUUGGUGGGGGGGGGGGCAGGUUUCAUUGGUGUUUAAUAUGUAGAUAAAUUAAUACAAUCAGUGUUGAUCGCUGGAGCUAGAAUGCGGUGAUGCAUUAUGUGCUUUUAAUCAUGAUUCUUAGCAUUUUAACAAGUCUUUUUCUGCUAGAUUCCCCUGAAAUCAUGUUCAAUUUGUUGCCUGGAAUUGUGUCUUGUAUGUAUCAUGUGUUAGCUGAAGUUCCGAAAUGCAUUCUUUAAAUGUGUGUAAAGAGAUGAAGCUUUUUCUGUGAAAGCUUGCACACUUUUUAUAAAUGAGUAAUGUAGAUGCAGAUGAACAGAAGUUUUCUGCACAUUGUGCCUAAUAACUUAAGGGACCCCUUGGUAGUCCUGCACCUCACAAUGAAUAAACCUUUAGAUUUUGUUAUAUUGGUAGUAAUUCAGCUAACAGCCACACAAAGAUUCAGCAAUCUGUGUGAAUGGGCAGACUGGUAGCUAUUGCCGUUUUUUCUCCCCCAUCCCUGUCUUUCUCCAUAUUUUCCCAAUGUGCUAAUGGUGUGACUGGAUUUCUUGAGAAGUUAGAAUUGAAAGUGGGCCACUGGAAAGUCAUAGAAUAAAGGUGAUUCCCUUCUUUGAAGUGCCCUCUCCAUCAGAGAUGCUGUCCCCAGAUUGCCUGGUGCAAUUUCACAAGGUGUAUUUUACCACUCUAUUCACAAUAUGCUUCAGAAAUUGGGUUGCCAUUAUUGGUUAGUAGUUUAUUUGGUUAUUUAAUUAUCUGAUGUAAUGUACUAGACAAAUUCAACUGUAUUAGCAAUCUCAUUGCUGAGUCAAAAUUGAGUGGUCAGGACACAUUACAGGAAUCUGAUUUUGUAAUCCCGCCUUGUGCUCCAGUGGAGUGGAAAUGUGAGGCUGUGCCCUUGGAGGUCCUAUUUUUCAGAUGAGGUGAUGAAUAAAGGUGCUAUCGGCACCCAUGGUUGCGUGUAAGGAUUUGGAAGAACUGGUAUCUGUUCCAAAACACAAUGCAACUUGGAAAAUCACUGGAGAAAUAUCUACAGUUUUAUAUACUUCAAACACAGGUAUACAAACUAAUAUUUUAUACUUGUAAUUUUGUCAGGGCGUGUUGCUGUUCUCUCAAAGUCAAUAGAUUUUCUAUCUGUACUACAAUUUGUCAAUUUUACUGAUCUGUAAAGAUAUAAAUCACUGUAAUGAAUUUUAUUCAAGGUAAUAAACCCACAUACUUUUAAAGCAAUCAUUUGUGUUUUCUUUUACUGUGAAGAUGUGACUAAUCCCCUUUUCUAUAAUCAGGGGAUUUAGGGAUUGUAAUUUGGUUCAGCAAUGAAAGUGGGCAGUAGCAUAUGUAGCUUUCUGAGGGUUUGGUUAUUUGAAGCAGAGUGCAGCUUGGUUUAAAGAUCAAUGAACACACGUCAAAGUUGCUGGUGAAAGUUGUUGGUUUAAAGAUCAAUGUUUGGGUCUGCUAUGGCAGCAUCACUAAAACUCUCCAGGUAGGGAUGGCAGUGCGGUUAGCAUUUAGUGGUCAUUGUUUCAAGUCCUACUUCGGGACAUAAACUGUGUUAUUCCUCAGUCCAUUGCAGGAAUGCCACACAAUUGGAAAUACAGCUAUUUUGGGUGAACUGUUAAACCGAGACUAUCUUCUGACCUCUCAGAGAACAUAAAAACAUAACUGCAGCAAAGGAAGGAAGGGAUGUUCUCCCAGUAUUUUGUCCCACCAGCAACGUUGCCUUGCCCAUUGACUUGGCCAUUUCUAAGAUUUUGAGCUUGGCUAUUGCUUCCCCUACAAGUUGGCUAGCUCAUUUCUGAUUACAUUACAGAUGAUUCCACUUCAUUAGCUGAAAUGUGCUUUGAAGCAGUCUGAACGGAUUAAAGACAAUCUACAAAACAAUAUCUUUAUCGGGGAGGGUAGAUAUUGACCAAUAUUAACCCUACUAUUGGGUAUCCAUGAAAACCAACAGGGGAUUGUGAUGAGCCCACAUCUGUCACGGCUGUGAUUCUGCCAGUGGUCAAAGACUUUGAUGUCAUUGUCUGAGCUGAAGCAAAUAACUGGAGCAGAAUAACAGCUGGCUUAAAAGCCACAAGUUAACUUAAAGAGAGAGACAGCUUACUAAAAAUAAAAUGUAUCUUUGACAGUUUAAUAAACGUACUGUGACAAACUGUAAGAGUUUCUAUAUUUAGCCAGAGGAAGGUAAAUAGUUACAGAUGAAUCUGAAAUGCUUUAUUCCUCCUGCUGUUCUUCAAGGGAAAUGUAAGGAAUCGGAGCAACUGCUCUGGCCUUUGUGGUCCUUUUCUGUGUGUGCAUUGCUGUAAAGCAAUGAUACAUUUUUUUUCUGAAAUCAUUAAAAUCCUGCAUCCUUUCUUCCCUUUUUACUUGGAGUACAAUGACACAGCCUCUUUUGUGACAUCAUGAAGGACUAAGCAAGUUCCUUCUGUCCAUUGUGCUGUUGCCAGCUCAUUGGGAGGCCUUUUUCCGGUUAGUCUCGGUCCCCUACACUUCCUCGAUGCUUAAUAAUUUUUCCUGAAAUGUUUAUCAAAUUCCCCCUUGGAAUUUGUCUUUGAAUCCAAUCCACUUCUGUCGCCCUUUACGGCAGCACAUUCCAGAUCACGGGCUUGUUUCUCCUCUACUGCAGAUACAGACAAGUCUGGGCUCCUGCUGUCUGACACCUGAGCUAAGUGACUGUUCUUUCUGAAGAUGCUACCUGACCUGCUUACAUUUUCCUUGUCAUUUGGAUGAACUUUUCAAUUACGUCCGAGGCCUUGAAAAGAAAGAAUCCUGUGGAAUUACUGAAAGGAAGAUCUCUGUUUUUGGGCUUGCCCCCCUCCAGAGAACUGAGCCUGAACUGGACAAUCUCAAGUCAAGGUCUGCCAUCUUUCAGAUGAGUUAUUUAAGCUGAAGAUUUUUCCCUUCUGCUGAUCUACACGCUGUACUGGGCCUGCAACUGAGGAAAUGAACCCAGCACAAAAUGGGAAGUGGAUCUUAGGCUUCCUGUCCCAGUUCUUGGUUUGGCUCCAUUUUAUCUUAUCACCUACAUCAAGACCGGUACCUUCUGAACACGUGCUGAGUAUUUCAACUUGCUAUUUCAGGCUUCCACUACCCACAGAUUUUUGCAUCUGAAUCUAUUGCACUUGUUUCCGGAUUUCAGCUGGGUCAGCAAAUGGGCCACUUGUAGCUGCACCAAAGAUCCAGACACGGCCCUAAAGGUAUGGUUUCCAAGCCAGCUGACUGUUCCACCUACUACUGUACGCUGUGACCAUUGCUCACCUGUGAGCUUGACAUCAGCAGACUUGUCGUCUCAGUGGAACCUGCAGCUGCUGCCCACAUAAUAAAAAAGUACAUUUCCAGCAGAGUUUGCUGGUCAACAAUUAAGACUGGAAACUAAGCUGCUGUUUUAAACCAUCUAUUUCCAAACAAAGGCUAAUUAAUCUUUGAUUCUCUUAACUGAGAUCAACUAAACAAGAAAAAUCUCUUGUUUCUGUAGUCUAUUCAUGGAUAACUUGGCUCACCUUGAGUGAUGUUUCAUGUCGUUUCCUCAAACAUUUAAUCCAUGAUCAAUGUAAAAAUUCAUUUGACAGGGUCAUUUUAGUUCUGUUUCCAUUGCUUUGUGUACUUAAAAUGAAA